AUGGGUGCCGGAAACUUUGGGGAAUUGGGCACAAAUAACGUACGUGUGACGGGUGUGGUGGACGUCGGGGCGAUCCUCGACGUCUUCCAGGCGCAUGGCCACUACCAGGUCGAUACCGCGCGCAUUUACACCGGAGGCACGAGCGAGAAGGUGCUCGGCGAACUCGACUGGAAGAAGCGCGGGCUCAUCCUGGACACGAAGCUCUGGCCGAAUGGGGUACAUCUGGAGGCGCUCUAUGCCCGGGGCCUGCCACUGACGGUUCUUCCAGACGAACGGGAUCUGCGCAAGUACCUGGACGAGUCCUUAAGGGCUCUCAAGACCGACUCCAUCAACCUGCGGUAUCUUCACGCGCCAGACCGGACGACACCCUUCGAGGAGACACUCAAGGCCGUGAACGACCUCUACAAGGAGGGAAAGUUCCAGCAUUUUGGACUCAGCAAUUACAUGUCCUGGGAGGUCGCUCAGGUCGUGGAGAUAUGCAAGGUGAACGGCUACGUCGUGCCCACGGCGUAUCAGGGGCUCUACAACGCGGUACACCGUACCGUUGAACCUGAGCUGUUCCCGGCCCUGCGCGAAUACGGCAUUGCGUUCUACGCGUUCAAUCCGCUCGGUGGUGGGUUCUUCACGGGCCGUUACCGCUCGAUGCACGACCGGAUCGAGCCAGGCACGCGCUUCGACCCGAACAGCACGAUCGGCAAGAUCUCGCGCUUAUGGUACUGGAACGAACCGUACUUUGCCGCGCUGGAGAAGAUUGAAGAAGUCGCGAAGAAGCACAACUUGACGCUCGCCGAAAUCGCCCUCCGUUGGAUGUCCCACCACAGCCUCCUCAAGCACGAACAUGGAGACGCGAUUAUUAUCGGCACCUCGAGCGCACAGCAGGCUGAGCAGAACCUUGUCGACCUCCAGAAAGGUCCUUUGCCCGAAGAAGUUGUCAAGGCUCUCGAUGAGGCGUGGAACUUGGCGAAGGGUUCUGCCGCAAAUUACUUCCAGUAA